CCCUCAUUGAAUUGGCGUCUGUGGCUGCUCGGCAUCCAGCGGUGCAGGUGCCCCCUCUAGGACCCUGAGCCGCCCCCGCCGCCAUGUCAGACUACGAGAACGAGGACGAGUGCUGGAGCACCCUGGAGGGCUUCAGGGUGAAGCUCAUCUCGGUCAUCGACCCCUCGCGCAUCACGCCCUACCUGCGGCAGUGCAAGGUCCUGAACCCCGACGACGAGGAGCAGGUGCUCAGCGACCCCAACCUGGUCAUCCGCAAGCGGAAAGUGGGUGUGCUGCUGGACAUCCUGCAGCGGACGGGCCACAAGGGCUACGUGGCCUUCCUCGAGAGCCUGGAGCUCUACUACCCCCAGCUCUACAAGAAGGUCACGGGCAAGGAGCCCAGCCGUGUCUUCUCCAUGAUCAUCGACGCGUCUGGGGAGUCGGGCCUGACACAGCUGCUGAUGAACGAGGUCACGAAGCUGCAGAAGAAGGUGCAGGACCUCACAGCCCUGCUGAGCUCCAAGGACGACUUCAUCAAGGAGCUGCGGGUCAAGGACAGCCUGCUCCGCAAGCACCAGGAGCGCGUGCAGAAGCUCAAGGAGGAGUGCGAGGCCUGCAGCCGUGAGCUCAAGCGCUGCAAGGACGAGAACUACGACCUGGCCAUGCGCCUGGCCCGUCAGAGCGAGGAGAAGGGAGCUGCGCUCAUGCGAAACCGCGACCUGCAGCUGGAGGUGGACCGGCUCAAGCACAGCCUGAUGAAGGCCGAGGACGACUGCAAGGUGGAGCGCAAGCACACACUGAAGCUGCGGCACGCCAUGGAGCAGCGGCCCAGCCAGGAGCUGCUGUGGGAGCUGCAGCAGGAGAAGGCGCAGCUGCAGGCCCGCGUGCAGGAGCUGGAGGCCGCCACGCAGGCCGCCACCCUGCCGCCCGGCGCCCUGCGCCCCCUGCCAGAGGGCAGGCCAGACAGGGGCAGCCCCUACAUCCAGGUGCUGGAGGAGGACUGGCGGCAGGCCCUGCGGGACCACCAGGAGCAGGCGACCACCAUCUUCACCCUGCGCAAGGACCUGCGCCAGAGCGAGGCUCUGCGCGCCCGGUGCGCGGAGGAGAAGGAGGUGUUCGAGCUGCAGUGCCUGGCCCUGCGGAAGGACUCCAGGAUGUACAAGGACCGCAUCGAGGCCGUCCUGCUGCAGAUGGAGGAGGUGGCCAUCGAGCGGGACCAGGCCAUCUCGUCAAGGGAGGAGCUGCACACGCAGUAUGCCCGCAGCCUGCAGGACAAGGAUGUGCUGCGCAAGCAAGUGCGGGAGCUGAGCGAGAAGGCGGAUGAGCUGCAGCUGCAGCUGUUCCAGUGUGAGGGCCAGCUGCUGGCCGCGGAGGGCAGGCUCAAGCAGCAGCAGCUGGAGAUGCUGGUCCUGAGUUCCGACCUGGAGGACAGCUCGCCCAGGAACUCCCAGGAGCUCUCGAUCCCCCAGGACCUGGAGGAGGAUGCCCAGCUCUCUGACAAAGGUGGCCUGGCUGACAGGGAGAGCCCAGAGCAGCCCUUUGAGGCUCUGCAGAAGGAACGGCUCUCACUGACCCCCAAUGGGGCAGGUCUGAGCGGCGGGGAGCCCCCCGAGAAGGAGCGGCGGCGCCUCAAAGAGAGUUUUGAGAACUACCGCAGGAAGCGGGCGCUCCGAAAGAUGCAGCACGGCUCAAGACAAGGGGAGGUGGACUGGGAGAACACCACAGGCAGCGACAACACCGACACCGAGGGCUCCUAG